AUGAUAAUCACAUUAAUUAACAAACUAUAUAUUCAUUCAUAUCCAUACAUACAUUCAUAUAUAAUAAAUACAAUGGAUUAUAAUACAAACUAUCUACUACAGAUACCAACAGAGACUUUACAGACUGUACUUGAAUCACUUGGUUAUGUAGAGGUGUGUCGUCUAUCGGCAACAUGCACUGCAUUGUCACUUCAAUGUUUGAGUAGAUGGCCAUCACUUCUACUUGAAGACUAUGGAAUGAAUAGAGAACAGUUGUUGUUAAAAUAUACACCUGGUGUAUUACAUGCGACUGUUGCUCCACCACCAACAACAACAACAACUUCUACAACAACAUCUACAACAACAACUACAACAAUACCAUCAUCUACAUCAGAUGAUAUGUCGUCGGACAUUCAGCCAACGACUCGGGCAUUGUAUAUCUACCUACACAGACGAUUGGCACCGGCUGCUUUUGACUAUCUACCUAUGCUGAGGAUAUGGACGCGCUUGGAACAGUGGUGUAAACAAAAUGAACAGGAGGCACUCCUUAUGUCCAGCUUCAACCCACCAUGCUCCGAUACCAUCUUCAACGAUCAAUCACAGUCUGUCGUGGAGGUGGUACGACAGUCUGAGCCACGCAGAAAGCCACAAGUGAUGAACAGAUACGUCGGCACGCCUCUUGAGCCUCCCACCAAGGAGGUGCUUUCAUUCCCACCCGACUACGUCGCAUCUUGUCUAAUCUACGAUGGUCAACAACUAAACACGCAAUACGGAUUGUUUGGAACGCUCGAGGCGUACGACUUUCAAUCAAACAUCAUUCUGCUCUCUUAUGAAAUUGCCAAGAAGAUCUACAUGCAACGUAUCUUUUACAACACUGGCAAGAUAUACACCAAGCUGUGGCCAGUGGCCUGCUCAAUGUCCACUGAGCGCUACUAUUACCUCGUCAUCAAUGAUGACCUAAACUAUAACGACCUCAAGUUUGGCAAUGUGAUGCUGGAUGGAGGCAGCAACGCCACAAACAUCGCGGUCGCCAAUACAUUCCGCGAGUUUAUGGACAGCCAUGUCAAGAAGCUUGAGCAAAGAGUCUACACGUUGCGCGACGACGUCAUCUCACGCUAUCCAGAGUACUCGCCAUACAUCACGGAGGUCAAGACACAUGGCGUUUGGGUCAAGGGCAGCGCACUAUAUGUGCCUGAGGACAGACAUCGCUACAACACCUUUUACUACAGGAUCACAAUCUGGAUGGAUGAGGAUGAGGAUCAAACCAACUCUUGCCAACUUGUCGCAAGGCACUGGGACAUCACCACAUCACUUGGCACCAAUACUGUCGAUGGUGAAGGUGUCAUUGGAAUGUAUCCAAAGAUCACACCAGGUUCCAAGUUUGAGUAUUGCAGCAAGUGUGAGUUGGAGACAACGACUGGAACCAUGUCUGGAUACUUCAAGAUGUCACCAAUGUUUCCUAAACCAUUCAGUCCUGAUAUGAUCCAAGUGAUCGUUCCACCAUUUACACUUACAAUCCAACAACAU